UUAUAGUUUCUUGAGAGAAAAGAUUAAUGGAUACUCUUUCUUCAUCUUUCCUUCAGAAUUAUUCCUUAAGUCCAUUUCUUCCCUUUCAAUUCAAGACUCCGAUCAGAGCCGACGCUUCUUCUUCUCCCCCCGCAAGAACUCAGCUUCACACCACAAAACAGUCCAAAACCAGCCAAAUUACAGGCACCAAAAAGCACUCUAAUUUACUUGCAAAUCUUUUCAAGUCCUUGGAUGGUUUCAUAUGCAAUUUUGUCGACCCUCCUCUUGGCCCCGCCAUCGACCCCAAACUCGUCCUCACCGGGAACUAUGCUCCAGUGGACGAGCUGCCCCCCACCGUUUGUGAGGUGGAGGAGGGAUCCCUUCCGCCAUGCCUCGACGGAGCUUACAUCCGCAACGGCCCGAAUCCUCAGUUCAUCCCUCGCGGCCCCUACCACUUCUUCGACGGAGAUGGGAUGCUUCAUUGUAUUAGAAUCUCCAAAGGCAAACCCACGUUCUGCAGCCGCUAUGUCAAGACUUACAAGUACAACAUGGAGCGAGAAUUUGGGUCGCCCGUUGUAAUAAACUACUUUUCCGCCUUCACUAGCCUGCCAGCUUCCGUGGCUCGCUGCGCUGUCUACUUUAGCCGCGUGGUAUCUGGGCAAUACGACAUCCGCCGCGGCACCGGCAAUGCGAAUACGAGCUUGGCUCACUUCGGCGGAAAACUCUUUGCUCUAUGUGAGUCUGAUCUUCCAUACGCAAUAAAAAUAACAUCCGAUGGGGAUAUAAUCACUUUGGGCCGCGAUGAACCUUUCAGUUUGCCGCUAAUGUCGAUGACGGCACAUCCAAAAGUCGACAAAGAAACCGGCGAUGUCUUUGCGUUCAGGCAAAGCGUUUUCCGACCAUACCUAACAUACUUCAGAAUCAACGCCGAUGGAAUCAAGCAAAGGGAAGUGCCGAUUCUCUCCAUGCCCGAAGCUUCGUUGACCCAUGAUUUUGUUAUUACGAAAAACUACGCUAUAUUUCCUAAUACUCAAAUGGAAAUCAACCCGAAGGGGAUUCUCAAAGGGAAGCAGCUGGCGCUGGUUGAUGGAGCGAAAGUGCCGAGGCUGGGGAUCAUCCCGCGAAACGCGGAGGAUGACAGUGGGAUGAUGUGGAUUGAGGUGCCUGGAUUGAAUCUGUUACACGCGACCAAUGCGUGGGAGGACGACGACGGCGACACUGUUGUGGUGGUGGGCCCAAAUCUUUUGCAGGUGGAGCAUUUUUUGGACCGGAUGGAUUUGGUUCAUUCAUCCAUGGAAAGAAUAGAAAUCAAUUUGAAGGCGAAGACGGUGGAGAGGCGGCCGGUUUCCCCCAGAUGUCUGGAGUUUGCAGUUAUCAAUCCGGCUUGUGUUGGGAAGAAGACAAAAUAUUUAUAUGCGGCGGAUGGCUGGCCAUUUGCAAGCUCAGGGUUGGUGAAGAUAGACCUAUCACUUUCUACGGCUAACUCCGAUGACUGCGUGGUGGCUAGUCGACUAUACGGUCCCAACUGCUACGGCAGUGAGCCAUUUUUCGUGGCAAGAGAGCCCAACAAUCCGGCGGCGGAGGAAGACGACGGGUACUUAGUAACUUACGUACAUAACGAAAAUACGAAAGAAUCAAAGUUUUUGGUGAUGGAUGCGAAAUCCCCUAAUCUUGAAAUCGUUGCUUCCGUAAAGCUGCCACAAAGGGUGCCCUACGGUUUUCAUGGACUCUUUGUGAGGGAAGAUGAGCUCCAAAAACUCCAAUAAAAAUGUGUAUUUGUGUGUGAAAUUUUACUUUCAGUUACAGUUUGUGUAUCUUAGGAACAUACUAGAUUAGGGUUUGAUUCGAUUCUAAGUUUGAGUUUGAAUAAGCUGAAUUACUAAUGAGCUGAGCUCA